AUGGCCCACAGCAAGCCCGAGGUGCUGCAAGACGGCACCGUGUACGCGACUCGCGAUGCGCGGGACGCGCCGCAACAGUCGUCCCCGCACCUCCAGGAUUACGCACCCCGGCGGGCCGCCGCACCUGGCUCUGGGCGCGCCUGGGCUGCGGGCCUGGCAGCCGGUUCGGAGGGCAGUAGCUGCAGCGGCGGACGGAUGGCGUGGCGCCGCUACCUGCGGGUGCGCCGCCGUUCCUGUGCUGCUUUUACUGCUGCUGCGUCUGGCAAGGGCGCCGCACCCGCAGCGGCCGGCGGACGGGCGCCAUCUGGAGGCGGCUGCGCACUGCUGUAA